CAAAUCCUGCUUGAAAAACUAGGAUUACAGGUCCUGCACAGGAACAUUUAUAAACCACCGCUAGUCUAAAUGUUAAAUGGUUAACCAGGAAAGGCCUUAGUGAUUCAAUUUAGUAUAAUCUAGGUUUUUAUUUGGACCAAUCUGUGUUUGCGUGUGUUCUUGUCUGUGUGUUGGAGGAUGGGUUUGUACCUUCUAGUCCUGUGUCUGGCUUUGCUGCAGCGGGGGGGAAGAGCCAGGCCGGACCCUCCAGGCUGCAAUAGCCCUGAAGUGGAGAGGGUAGCGGAAGAGGCCCUGGAGCAGAUUAACCAGGACCGGACAGAUGGAUACAUCCUGAGCCUCAACAGACUGUACGACCUCUCUCACACUCAUGGACAGGAGAUGGGCGGGUCAUUCUACAAACUGACCAUUGAUGUCUUGGAGACCAAAUGCCACAUCACAAGCCGGAAACCAUGGAAACAAUGUGAAGUCAGAGAUAUUGGUAAUGUUCCAGUGUUUGGAGAAUGUGAGGUAUCUGUCUCUGUUGACUCUCAAGUCAAACUUCACAGCUACUCCUGUGCACUUCGUGAAGUUCCUGCCACUGCAGUGGUGCAUGUGUGUCCGGACUGUCCCACGGCUGACAACCUCAACGAGCCUGUUGUCAAGGAGACAGCCAACCUCUCACUGCAGAGGUUCAAUGAAGAGAGCCGCCUGGCCAACUACUUUACUCUGGAGAACAUUACGAGAGCCAGUUCACAGUGGGUUGUUGGUCCAUCCUAUUUUGUGGAGUUCACGAUCCUGGAGACUGUGUGUUCAAAGACAGCAGGUGACAGUGACCUGAGCAGUUGCCCACCUAUGGACUGUCAGUUCGCUCAUCGAGGCUUCUGUUUGGGAUCACAUGUGACCCUCGAGGACCAGUUUGAAAUCAGACUCCCGGUCGGAAAGAAGGACGGCUCAUUUCGGAGCCGGAGGCCCGUAGAUGUGAAGUGCCAGAUCUACGAACCUCCGGCCGCCGCUGUGGAGGAACAGGCUCAUUCAAAAGCAGACGGUGAACACACGGGGCAUCAGCACCACGACCACACACACCUGCACCCACACGAGCACACACACUCAGUCCCACCCAGCGCAGACCUCACUGCCCCAGAGCCCCGGGGAACUCUGGGCACUGUGGUGGACCAUCCUGCGCCUCUCCGAUCAGCCCCGACAGCGAGAUCCUGCCCCGGCCCACACAAACACCACCUGGGCUUGGACAGACUGAAGCUCUGAUUGGCUGAAAUUUGAGGCAGUUUAUCUGUUGAUCAACUGUUGAGCUAUAUCUGCAUAUCGUAAUUAGUUUAGGAGGACAGUAAAUGUAACCUACAAGUCUACUAUUGUGGUACAGAAAACAACCUGUAUCCAUCUAAUACAACUAAAAGGUAUUCUCUGGGAUGGUUUCAAAGAUUAAAGUUUUUCUGCCUUAAAUAA